AGAUAGUUUGACAUUGGUGUGCGUAUCGACUAUAUUGUACUGUUUAGUAAGGUACGUAAAAUGACUACUUGAAAAUAUUUACAUAGGAACAUGAGAGCAUGAUUCUCACAACGUUUUAUAGCUUUUUAUCGUUCUUUCUCUCAGUUCACUCUCACUUGAUCGCUGAUUCAUGAUCCCCUCACAUAAAGUUGUUUUUGUUUACGCAGAAGUAGGAAAUUUAUGAGAGAAAGUUGACCCAAUUACGAUACUAAAUUUAAAGUGUCAAGUUUUGGGAACAAUAAAUUGAUUUAUCUUCUUUUUAUUAGCAUGCAAUGAUAUUGAGGUUUGCGCCUUACAUGUAUGCCACUAAUUAUAAUUCCCUAUGUGUGCAUGUACUAGUAUGUUUUAGAAUUAAUUGAGCAGUUUACUCACAUUCUCAUUUUCUUUCUCAAACACAAAAUUCAGUCAACUUUGAGCACUUGAAGAAACAAGAGAUACUAAACAUUGUUUCAUAAAAUGCAGAACUUAAAGCCGAUACUGGCUUACGUCAAUCCAGUUUAUUGUUAUUAUGUUAUAUUUUACUACGUGAGUAUAUUCCUGGCACCUGUUCUAGGAAUUGAGAGUGUUUGGCAAGUUUGUUGGAAUACAAUUAGAGAAUGUCUCGGAGAUGACAUUGAUGUGUACACUGUCUGGUUCAUGAACAUUUAUACUAUAGCAAUUUAUUGGAUUUUUGGACUUGCGAUUAUCGCAAUGGAAAAAUUUGAAAUACCGAAAAAUUUUAAGAGCUAUCAAAUUCGAACAAAACCUAGUGAAAUAGAGCAAGGCGAUAAUUAUUACAAAGUCACUAGAGAUGUUUUGCGAAAUCAAUUGCUAGCAUUUGCUGUUUCAGUUCUUAUUAACAAAUUUGACAAAAAUUCACUCGGAUUGAAAAUUACACCGGAAGUUCCUAGCUUUUAUAUUACCAUGCGAGACUUAAUGAUAUGCUUACUACUCCAAGAAACUUUAUUUUAUUAUUGUCAUCGAACACUUCACCAUAGAAAAUUCUACUGGCUUCAUAAAAAACAUCAUGAAUUCACAUCACCAGCUUCAAUAACUGCAGAAUAUUGUGGAGUGACGGAGCAUUUUGUGUGUAAUUUAUUCCCUGUUGUGAUUGGUCUCAAGAUUUUUGGAUCUCAUUACACUACAGCACUUUUAUUCUGGACUAGUAUAAUUAUUACAACUUUAAUUGAUCAUUCUGGAUACAAUUUGCUUCAUUUCCAUAGUCCAGAAGUUCAUAUGCAUCAUCAUACUAAGUUAGUGAAUUACUUUCUUUUUGAGUGCCACUUAAUGCUAGUUUAUAUCAUUUACAGAUUCAACGUAAAUUAUGCCAGUAAGUUUUUGAGUCAGCUGAACGGAACUUAUUAUGAAGAAUCGGUAAAGAAAGAAAAAGUCGAUUCUUAAAGAUUUUUUUUUUGAUUUAAGUUUUACUAAAUUUACGAUUUAAAGUCUAAAGCUACCUAAUGUAAGAGACUGAAUUGUGAAAAUCUCUUUAUUCUUAAGUUAAAAUAAAUUGAUUGAAUGUUUUGUUGAGUGAUAAUUUAAUUAUAGUUAUUGGUGAUGGCCAACGAAAAUAUCAAAACUUGAUUCUUAUAAGCUGUUUAAAAGAAUCUUGAGAAUGAGAAAACUUUUUGAUUUAAAUCUUUACUUUAAGAUUACUUUAUAUGCAUAGAAAUAAAUAUUUUAA